AAGACACUCCCUCCUUCACUGUCCCCCAGAAGACUUGCUUCAAGCCCUUCAGGUAACACUGAAUCAGGUGCGCCACACUGUCUGCUUGUUUGAGACCUGUGCACUUGGCAGCAGUGAAUUCAGCAUCCACACUCUCAGAUUUGUUUUUUUCUGACUCCUAACAUCCAUGUUGGAUGGGAAUUUCAACUCACGGCAGCCAAAGAGCAGUGAUGCCCUCAGCUGACUCCUAGUGAGGUGUAGGAGCGUUUACAAACUCAAAGGAAAAACAGAAUUGUUGAAGUGGCUAAUUCCCAGAGACAGCAGUGAAGGAAAGAUGUCUCUCACGCUGACAAAUGGACAGCAAUGACAGCUGAGACUAUGAAUGAGUCAACAUCCAGUUCCACAAACAGCUGCUUUUUAAGUCCAGCUUUUCUCAUGACAGAGCUUGGAGUUCUGUCAUUUCUGACUCCAGGUCCACUGGGGUCAGAGUUCAGUUUGUGUCAAAUGGCUGUCUUUGAACUAGAACAUAUCUCUUCUCUGCCAAAGGUUUGAUGCGAUUGGUCACAACUUAGUCAGGAUUUGAAAGGUCGCACACAUCAAUGCUGCACACAGAUAAGAGUGCAAUAUUUCUUCGACACUUGUGACACUUUGACACGACUGUCAAACGCUGCUAUGAUUGCGAUAACUCUGGUGCAUCUUUCACAUGCUCACGAUUGAACAAAGCCGUGUUUGUUGCUCCACUAGUGUUGCAUUAUUGGCCGAGUGAGCCUGUAAUGGAUUCAACUAAUGGAAACAGGAUGUGAACUAAUCUCAGUGAGGAGCAGACUAAAUCAGUCUCAUUAUGAGUUUAUCAAGAGAAGAGAGAGCAGCCAAGAGUGUGUAAAAGCUGAGCAGGAGCAUGUGUGGCGUGUGCAGUAACUGGUGUGUGUUGAUCCUCGCUCUCCUUUGAACUGUCCACCUGUAAUGUGCAGCCGAACCUGUGGGUGGAAAUCAGACUUUACAGUCACCGUGUGAUGAUCUAAACUGUUGUUGCUCUGUGCCUUUCACUGGCGGAACACUCUUUUUUUAAGCCCAAACGUUUGGGCAAAAGAGUGCAGUUGCGCACUGUGUCACUAAGGACCAAAACAGAAGGAAAAGAUGAGAUCAUCAUUUGAUCUGAUUAUUCUUGGGUCCGAAAUGACGCCCUUGGCCAAAAAUACCAUCAAAGAUAAGAGGGAGCAAACUGGAUUCCCUUGAGCAAGCUGGUAGAAGGCGCUUACUCGUGGUUCAGAGACCAGAGUUCCGGCUCGGCUCCAGUCCUGUUCUGUCAGAUCUGUCAGAAGAGCUCAGAUGCCUUCAGCACUGACUCUGAAGGUUGGGUUCUGGUUGGAUAAAAACAACCCUGGAGGAAAGAUAGUGUGACAUGAAGACAAUGUGGAGAUUACUUUGAUAUAUUUUGGGGGAACUUUUGCCGUCAUUAUGAUGGUGAUUCCUGGUCAUGUGUAGCCAGCGAGGAGGCCUUGAAGGCCCUGACGGUCGUCCACUGGUGGGACAGUGUCAGAUUGAGAAGCAGCUUUAUUCAAGCCAUGUAUGUUGGCAGCAUACAGGCCAGUCACUGCGACACGGGGCGAAAGUGACAGUAGUGGCAGGUUAAUUGCGCCUGUGCAGUUGCAUGUGAAAAAUAAGGGUGGCAUUGUUUGUUCAGUGUGUGUGGAAAUUUCAGUAUAAUCGAAGAGAUAUCGGCAGCGAUUGAAGCGUAUAACUUGAUUUGAUGCUUGUGCGCGACUCUUCCGCUGAGAGUCACAUGCACCGAUCUGUCUCCGCCACAGGACAAACUAAACUCCAUCUGUCCAGAUCCGGUCGUGACUGACAGUUCCAACAUAACGUCGCUUUUGUGAAGUCACUUUCUGCGUAACCGCCGAGAGUCUGGUGCCCAGUGCGCGAUGCGCGUGUCCGUGCGUGUGCGGGGGUCAUAGGUUUUUUACAGAGGGCGGGCUCUCGUGUGCAGACUUGGAGCGGACCGGUCCGGUGGUGUGGAGGGUUUCGAGACCACUGCAAGGAUCCAGUCACUUUUACGCGCGCCACACCUGCACCCGCGGCCCCUCGUUCCCGCCUGCUGUCUCCCUCCCCCCGAGGUUUUCUCUCAGACGCGGAGGCGGUGUGGGGCAUUCGUCUGUGGGAUGGGGCGCGAAUGGGACUGCGGUUCCCCCGGCGGGAUAUUCAUUCUCGGGCUCCUUUCGCUUCUCAUCCCGCUUCCAGUCAGGAGCUUUAAUAUUUACGCACAGCGUCCGUCCGUCUUCCGCGGGCCAGAUGGAAGCUAUUUUGGAUACUCCGUGGACUUUUACCACGCAUCACCGGACAGCAGCACGGUGAGCGUCUUAGUGGGCGCUCCAAAGGCGAACACGUCCCAGCCGGGCAUCGUGGAGGCGGGAGCGGUCUACUACUGCCCCUGGCCCGGACCGCCAGACGGUUGCCGACAAAUACCGUUCGACAGUUCAAAUAACCGGAUGAUAAAAGUCAACGGCACCAGGGAGCCUCUGGAGUUCAAGUCUCACCAGUGGUUCGGGGCCUCAGUCAGGACUCACAAAGGCAAAGUGGUGGCUUGCGCGCCACUGUACCACUGGCGAACCGUGAGAGUGAGCGCUGAGAAGGACCCGGUGGGGACCUGCUACGUGGCUGUCCAAAACUUCAGCGCCUACGCAGAGUACUCGCCCUGCAGGACCAAUGACCCAGACCCGGAGGGCCAGGGGUUCUGCCAGGCCGGCUUCAGUGUGGAUUUCACAAAGGAAGGACGGCUGGUGGUGGGGGGACCUGGAAGCUACUACUGGCAAGGUCAGGUGAUGACAGCGGGGAUCGCAGAGAUACUCAACGGCUACUCUUUGAAGGCCGUGCUGAGACGAGUCCCAGGAGAGAAGCAGACGUCGGCCGCCGAGGACUCUCACGACGACAGCUACCUCGGUUACUCGGUGGCUGUGGGAGAGUUCACAGGCGACUCUGAGCAAGAGCUCUUGGCGGGAGUCCCACGAGGAGCACAGAACUUUGGAUAUGUGGCGAUUAUCAACUCCACAAAUCUGACCUUCAUCCAGAACUUCACAGGAGAACAGAUGGCUUCGUACUUUGGCUACGCUGUCGCCGUGACCGACCUGAAUGGAGACGGGUUGGAUGAUAUUUUGGUUGGAGCACCGCUGUACAUGGAGCGGGAAAUGGAGACCAAACCAAGGGAGGUGGGGAGAGUCUACCUGUACAUGCAGUUGGCUCCGUAUACUUUCUCCAAACCCCACGCCUUGACUGGGACAUACACCUUCGGCCGCUUUGGCACCGCUGUGGCGCCGCUGGGAGACAUCAACCACGACGGAUACAACGACGUGGCGGUGGGCUGUCCUUUCGCUGGAGAAGAUGGUGGGGGAAGAGUGUUGAUCUUCAACGGCAACAGAGACAUCACGUCCCGUGGCCUGACGCUGAGCCAGGAGCUUAGAGGCACGGCCACCCCCAGCAGCAGCCUACCUGGCUUCGGCUUCACUCUCAGAGGAGGCCAGGACCUGGACCGCAACCAGUACCCUGAUCUGAUCGUGGGGUCGUUCGGCGCUGCCCAAGUGUCCGUGUACAGGACACAAGCUGUGGUGUCUGUGGAGGCUGAAAUAAUUUUGACCCCAAGAAUCCUGAACCCUGAAGACCGGCAGUGCCUCCUCCCACACGGCGAUGUCAGGGUCAGCUGCCUGAGGAUGGAUGUGUGUGCUGCAGUGAGCGGCGUGGCCAUCCCCGGCUUGGCGGACCUGAGAGCGGAUCUCCAUUUGGAUUGGUCGAAAGGCAUCAGGGGAGGGAUCAGAAGAGUUUUGUUCCUGGAGUCCCAGCAGCCUCAGCACACCGGGAUCCUCCGACUGGGCCAGAGUCGUCCUCGCGGCUGUCUGAGCUACAAGAUUUACCUGAGAGAAGAAGACGAGUUCAGGGACAAGUUGACGCCGAUCUCUGUGGUGCUCAACUACAGCUUGGCCACGCCCACUGAGGGCCAGACGAUCCCGCCGGUACUCAACUACUUCAGUCGCACGUUUCUGCAGGAACAUGCCUACAUCCUUCUCAACUGUGGAGACGACAACAUCUGCAUCCCUGACCUCCAGCUCUCUGCCAGCAUGGAUCGAUCCGAAGUGGUGAUCGGAGAUGACAACCUGGUCAUGCUGACCGUCAGCGCCGUCAAUCGUGGCGAGGGAGCCUACGAAACUGAGCUGCACGCCCUCAUACCGCCGGAGGCCGACUACAUCGGUGUGGAGAGGAGAGUGGAGUCUCUGUCUCAGCUGAACUGCGAGUACAAGAUGGUGAACGAGUCCAGGAUGGUGGUAUGCGAUUUGGGGAAUCCCAUGGUGGCUGAAACACAGCUCGCUGUGGGUUUGAGGUUCUCUGUGCAGCGGCUAGAAGAUGCUGGACCCAAGAUAAGCUUUGAGCUGCAGAUCCACAGCUCCAACAAGGAUAACGCCGCGAGCAACCUGGUCACCCUCAACCUGGCCGUCACUGCUCACGCUCAGCUGAGUUUACGGGGGGUGUCCCACCCCUCUCAGGUGGUGCUGCCAUUCCCACGCUGGGAGCCCAGAGACAAACCUGUCAAAGAGGACGACGUGGGGCCACAAGUGACGCACAUCUACGAGCUCCAUAACUCCGGUCCCAGCAGCAUAGGAGAAGCUGAGCUGUUGGUGGGCUGGCCAUCUCGCUUUCGUGAUGAAGACCUGCUGUAUGCCAUGGAGCUCCUCACCGAUGGACCCAUUCACUGUCAGACCAACACCAGCCUCAAUCCACUAGGCCUUCAGGUGACAUCUGUCCAGGACACACCAGAGUUGCUGGGCUUCUUGCGGAACAGCAGCACGGGCCUUCGGCGCCACCGGCGAGCUGUUGGUGCGCCGAGCUCCGGCGGGAAAACUUUGAACUGCACCAACAUCUCCUGCCUGAGGAUCACGUGUCUCGUGGGGCGACUCCAGCGUGGACAAAGCGCGGUCAUCAAAAUCCGCUCCCGGCUCUGGGCCCACACCUUCCUGCAGCGACGGAACGACCCCUACAUCCUCAACUCCACCGUGUCUUUGGCGGUGACGUCCAUGCCGUACCGCGUCCAGCCUCGGGCCCUGCCACACCACUCCACCUCCAUGGGGACUCUGGUGUUAUGGGGAACCCCAGACGUGUCGUUCGCCGUCCCACUCUGGGUCAUCAUCCUGGCCAUCCUCCUGGGCCUGCUGGUUCUGGCCAUGCUAACACUAGCCAUGUGGAAGUGUGGCUUCUUCGACCGGGCGCGGCCCCCGGCCGACGACGACAUCUCCGAUCAGGAGCAGCUGACGUGCAACCGCGCCGGGGACGCGUGAACUCGGCGAGGGACGAGCGCCGUCUUGGCCCCGCAGAGCAGGUCUGUCAGCCGCCUUCGCCGGAGUGAAUCCACCACACUGGAGGCGUCGUUUCUGCGCCAACUGAGGAGCGAAUUCACCGCCGAAGUGGGACAUGUGCACGCCAUGUAAAGACAAAACCGAACGCACGUGUUGUGCUCCAGCUUUGCGAGGACGCCGCAAACAAAAAGACUUAGUUGUUCCUGUUCUGAAGAUUGUUCCCUUGCAAAAUAGGCACAACCACAUGUGCUCUUUACGGUGCGUGCGUGUGCGCGCGCGCGCGCGUGUCUGUCCUCACACGGGGAGAGAGAGACACCACUGUCUGUGUCUGCUCAGAAAAGCCACAACUCAACGUGUGAAUUGAUGAAGGAAGGUGCAAUACUUGGGCGUGUGAUACUGGAGCUUGUUUACACUGGCAUUGUUUUAUUCGAGUGGAACAUGUAUGUAUGUAUGUAUAUAGUGUGGGAGUGCCCGCCAAUGAGCUUCUCCCAGGAGGACGUUCCUAACUUAUUGCCUGCACAGCUGGUCGAAGCGUCACGGAUGAAGGAAUUACCCUGCACUUCAAGGAGUUUAAAUUUGGAUUGGUGUGGAAAUAAACGGCUCAAGGUCUGUGUGUCGACGAGAGAACUGUGGCGGACGGACGCGGUGGAACGCAGAGGAACUCUGGCGCCCUCCAGUGGUGAGGUUUUCAAAGUGCAUGGUCGCGUGUAUGACGUGAACGCGUUGGGUUAGAUUAGAUUAGAUGUUGAAAUUAUAACCCUGCGGUCAUUUGUUCAUCAUGAUCCACCUACAGACGUGGAGCACCAUGACUGGAGCUACUUCAACUCGUUUGCAAGCUGAUAGUCAAACUGCAUGAGAGCCUGCACCCCCAAGUCAGUGUGGGUGAAGAAGAGAGUGCAGGCAGGGUGAGUCAGAAGCAGGACUGCCAUGAUGCGCGUGGGGAGUCAGACGAGUCGGAGAGCUUGUCCUGCGCAGAA